AUGGCCUCUACCCAAUUCAUCUUCUUUGCCAUUCUAGCCAUUCUUGCCCCUUCAAUAUUGGCCAAAGAUAUUAAAGUUGGUGAUGACAAGGGUUGGACUAUUAACUUCGAUUAUCAAGCUUGGGCAAUGGGAAAGGAGUUCGUUGUUGGUGAUAAACUCGUUUUCAUCUACCCACAAGGAGACCACAAUGUCAUUAAAGUGGAUGGCUCUGGCUUCCAACAAUGUGUGGCACCGGCUAACGCUGAACCCCUGACCACCGGAAAUGAUGUGAUUAACUUGACAAGCCCGGGACAAAAAUGGUACAUCUGCGGUGUUUCCAAGCAUUGUGAGAGUGGAAACCAGAAGCUUGCCAUAACAGUGGCGGCUGAGUCUUCUUCUUCUCCUCUACUAGCAGCAAUGGGAAGUGUUAUGUUUCUUGCUAUUCUGGGCAUUGUUAUGAUGUUGAUGGUUUAGUCAAAUUUGUUUGUUGCAAUACUUUGCUCUUCCAAAGUAUUGGGUAACUUCUUGAAGUUUGGUCUGGUCAUUUUGUUUUCGUGGUAGUGUUUUGAAUUCGAAGUUUUGAAAUUAUUGUUUUGA